GUCGCUACUUUAUGGCUGAUGUUGUGUCCCAGAUAGUGUCAAGAAGCAACUCGGAUAAUAAAGUAGAGAUUUAAAAAGAAAAGUGCAGCAUCAGUAUUCUGUGUUGAUCAGAAGUAUUUAUUAUCAUGACAUACACCAGUGUUUUCCCAACACAACGAGCACAUCUCACUAUAUACUUAAAUGUUAUGAAAGUCUAGACAAUUCAAAUGUUUUCCAAGUCCCGGCACCAAAAAAAUGCAAAAAUCUAUACACACACACACAUAUUGACUUACUAUUGUGAGCAGGGGCAUUUAAUUUUAAUUAAAUUAACUUAAUUUUCCUCUCUAUUCUUGUCCACUGUAAAUCAGCAUUUGUAUUUAAAAUGUCCACAAAUAUAGUCUGUCUACUGUCCGGCAUCAAACAGCUUCUUCCUGCCCUCCAUACCAGACAUGGCCUCCACGUUCUUACGCCAGUCAGUCACCUCCUCUUUCUGUUCAUAAGAAGAAAAUAAUUCUUAGUGAUAAUGUACUUUCACAUAAAUAACCCCAAAAUAACACAAGCAAUACCACAGCAUCGAGCCAUAAUUAAAGGUCCAGCGUGAAGAAUUUAGUGGCAUCUAGCGGUAUAGUUGCUGACUGCAACUCCCUCGCUUCACCCUCCCCUUCCAAGCUUGAAGCAGAAACUACAGUCGCUGCGAAAUGCGCUAAAACUGCAAACGACCAUAUCUAGAGCCAGUGUUUGGUUUGUCCCUCCUGGGAUAUAAAUGUCUCAUUCUAAGUUAACAAAAACAUAACAAUUCCUAUUUUCAGAUGAUUAUACAAAAAGAGAACAUAGUAGAACAUAGUGAAACGUAAUAAAAACCUACUUAUGAAUAUUAUAUUCAAUUUCUGCCAAUAGAUCCUCGUUAAUGUUACACACUGGAUAUUUAAAACCUAAUCUAAUCUUAAAACCAAGGAGUCAACCCACCCUGACAUAAUCUUGAAAAUUAAAAAAAACAGCAUAAUUCCAAUUCAGUUUAAUUAAAAACAAAUCAAUCUGAUGUUUUAGCAACACGUUCACUUACCUUCUCGUCCUCUUUCUUCACUGUCUUGAGGUUGGCCUUGAAGUCCACAGACUCUUUGACCCUAGCGCCCAGCAGAGCUCCCAGCAUGGCGUCAGCUGAAAUCUUCACCCUCUUGAGAGCAGGUCGCUUCAUCUUACCCUUCAGCUCAAAGAUCUUCUGGGACAGAUUUUCAAUCUGCAGGAAACAAUUAAACAUUGACAGAAAACACACUGCAGGGUGUGAUGCAACUGGGGAGCCUGAUAGAUUUUUCCUUCAAGAAGCUGAGGGUCUCCCUAAAAAUCUGAGCAGAAUGAGGAUGCUGCAGACAGCCUCUGCACUCAUCCUGAGAAGAGGAAUUACAACUUAUCAGAGCAGAUUGUGCAAAAAUGACAGCCUCUUCCGAGUUCAUCCAUCUGUAUCACAGGCACUGGCAGAAAACAAACCAGUGGUCGCACUCGAGAGCACAAUCAUCACACAUGGCAUGCCCUAUCCGCACAACCUGAGCACGGCAAAGGAGGUGGAGGCCAUCGUGAGAGCCGAAGGAGCCACUCCAGCUACGGUUGGAGUGAUUGAGGGAGAAGUCCGUGUUGGUCUGUCGUCAGAGGAGCUCGACUUCCUCGCCCGCUGUGAGAACUCCCUGAAGGUGUCCCGUCGUGAUCUGCCCUAUGUCAUCAGCAAAGGGCUCUCCGGGGGGACGACAGUGUCAGCCACUAUGAUAGCAGCACAUCGAGCUGGCGUCCCUGUCUUUGUCACUGGAGGCAUUGGGGGAGUUCACAGAGAUGGAGAGAACAGUCUGGACAUCAGUGCUGAUCUGACAGAGCUCGGCAGGACUCCCAUUGCAGUGGUUUCUGCUGGUGUCAAGUCUAUUCUGGACAUCGGCCGCACUCUCGAGUUUCUUGAGACGCAGGGUGUCUGUGUAGCCACUUAUGGGACACUGAAGAACUUCCCAGCCUUCUUCUCUCCCCAAAGCGGAUUCACUUCCCCGUACCAAGUCUGCAACCCUGAGGAGGCUGCGAAACUCAUUGCAAGCACUCUGUCACUGGGUCUCCAAAGUGGUGUCCUGUUAGCUGUGCCCAUCCCAGAGGAGUAUGCAGCAGCUGGCCAGCAUAUAGAGGAAGCCAUACAGGCUGCAGUAACAGAAGCAAGUGGUAAAAGUAUAACAGGAAGAGAUGUGACGCCAUUCAUUCUUCAAAAAGUCAAUGAAAUGACUGAAGGAAAGUCCCUUCAGGCCAACAUUGCUCUCAUUCAUAACAAUGCUAAAGUUGGCAGUCAGAUAGCCUGCGCUUUGUCAAGAGAAAUAAACGAGAGAAAUUUCAAUGGCAAGAGUCGUAAUCAUGGAAAACACUCAUCAGACUCACAGUCAGAUAUUGUUGUCGUGGGAGGAAUAAACGUUGAUUUUCUUGCUAAAGGAAAAACGAAAUCACUUCUUUUUGGACAGACCAACCCAGGAAGUGUCUGUCAAUCAUUUGGUGGUGUAGGUCGGAACAUUGCUGAUUCUCUCAGUCGAUUAGGCUGUAGUCCCCUGUUCAUCUCUGCUACUGGAGCUGAUUCACACAGUGAUGCAGUGUUAAACUAUUGUAAACAUAUGAACACAAGUGCUGUGGCCAGGCUAGAAGAGCAAAGCACAGCUACUUACUGUGCUGUUAUCACUGAGAGUGGAGAACUGAGUCUUGGGUUGGGAGACAUGGACAUUCAUCAGCAAAUCACAGAGCAAUAUGUGUCACAGUUUGAGAAGCAGCUUUCAUCAGCCACUCUCGUGUGUCUCGAUGGAAACAUUCCCGUCUCCACAAUCAACUAUGUAUGUUCCAUUGCCUCUAAACGCAACAUCAAUGUUUGGUAUGAGCCCACAGAUUCAGAAAAGGCUUGUAAGCCUUUCCUUUCAGACGCCUGGAAGUCUCUGUCUUAUUCAUCCCCGAAUCUGGCAGAAUUGUGCACCAUGAACAAAACUCUUGGUAUCCCAACACCUGAAGUGCUGCCGAGCUCUCAUGACGAAGUGCUGAGUGUUGCUGUGGCUCUCUCACGCCCCCUUCUGGAGCAUCUUCUCUGUCUGGUGGUGACUCUCGGGGCUAAUGGACUGUUGGUGUGUGGAGAGCAUGAUGGAGGCUCUGUCAACCUGCAGCCAAGAAAACAGAAGAGGAGGAGGCAGCUCUGUGCUCUUCACUACCCAGCACUGACUGUUACAGCAGAGGAGACAAUGAAUGUGUCAGGAGCAGGAGAUAGCCUUGCAGGGGCCUUAAUGUCUGGGAUUGUCAAGGGUCGAGACACCGACAGCUGUGUUCGGAUGGGGCUGCUGGCUGCACGGCUGUCCCUGGGGUCACCGCACCCAAUCGCCCCCACGCUCACCUUAGACUCUGUGGAUCCCAACAAAGUCCAGACUCAUUACUGGCCCAAACCCAGCUUCAUGUGGAUAGACUGAAAAUAUUUAUAUUUUCAAUUUUGAAACAUUACUAAAGAAAAAAGGUUUAAAGUUAUGAGUGGAUUCUUGAAACAUGAACCUUUGACUGAGUAAAUAAAUGUAAGAUGACAUGUUUUACAAAAACCAUUCAUCUAAAACUGUAUUUGAUAUUUUAUAUUGUUAUAUAACAAUUGAUAAUAUGGAAAAUAAAUAAAUGGACUACUUUUUCCUAAA